CUUGUUCAAUAAAGUUUGUUGGGGGAAAAAAAAGAACAUCGACAAGGCUACGUCCCCACGACAUAAAUAGCCUCUCUCGACUUACCUUUUUUUCUGAAAUAGUCGCAAACGUACGGCCUUGAUACGCUACUUCCCGACACUACUUGAUUGGAGGAAAACAUUUUUAAUUAAAUGUUAGCGUCUCGACAAACUCGUCUCAGUGUACGUGAAGUGUCUCGGCCUAGCUCAUUUUAGCCUAGCUUGCUAGCCUGCCAACAACGAGCCGCCCUGGCCAUCUGCAAAUCGCUCAGCAGAGAUCAACUUGAGCGUGAAGUGCUGUGAUCACCACGGGAAAUGUGCGACAGACGUGUGAAAGAAGAGAACGAGGAGGUACUUUGUGGACAGAAAAAGGCGGACAGCGAACGACAACGCCAACCACUGGACUCUGUUUCCGAGAAGCCUUACCGUGCAGACAUCAGCGAUGUGGACCUUCCUGUUGACCAGCCACAAACCCCUCACGUAAAAGUGGAAGAGCAAGAGGCGGACAUCACAAAGUUUCCACUGACCGCUUUUCCACUGACCGCUGUCAAGAGUGAAGGAGACAACUUUGAAGACUCUCAACCGGACAGCCUUUUUGCUCCGCUGUCAGAUAGCGACGACUUGACAUCACACUCUUCGAACACCGAUGAUGGUGAACGCUCUAAAAGUGACUGGACAUGUCGUGCACGCAAGAAACGCUUAGAAUGUUCUCAGUGUGGGAAGACUUUUGUUGCAAAGUGGGGUUUAAUCAUUCACAUGAGGAAGCAUACGGGCGAAAAACCUUUUGUCUGCUCAGUUUGUGGUAAAGGCUUUGUUGUAAAGACUAGUUUAAUAAGUCACUCAAGAACACACACUGGAGAGAAGCCUUUUGGCUGUUUAGUUUGCGGUAAGAAAUAUUCUGAAAAGGGACAUUUGAGAACACAUUCACGAAAGCACACGGGCGAGAGACCUUUUGUAUGCUCAGUUUGUGGGAAAAGCUUCUCUGCAAAAAGCACUUUAACAGUACACAUAAGAACACACACUGGCGAGAAACGUUUUGUAUGCUCAGUUUGUGGCAAAAGCUUCUCCGUGAAGGAUAGUUUGUCGAGGCACACGCGAACGCACACCGGCGAGAAACCUUUUGCCUGCUCAGUUUGCGGGAAAAAAUUCUCUGUCAAAAGCAAUUUAACAACACACGUAAGAACACACACUGGUGAGAAACCUUUUGCCUGCUCAGUUUGUGGGAAACAAUUCCAUGUAAAAUGCAAUUUAAUAUCACACAGAAGUAGUAAAAUUAAUAUAAGGCAUUUUCCUUGCUCUGUCUGAAAUGUAAGUUUCAUGAUGAUUCUGCAUCGGCAACAAGGAGACUUGCCGAAUGUUCAAUAAACCAAUCUCUUGACAAACACGUGUACUGAUGGCAAGAGGGGCAGGAAAUUACAUUUCAAAUAAAUUGUAAAGAAACUUGAA